AUGAUUCUUUCGUACAUUAUUCUUGCAUCGAUAUUCUUCAUAGUUGUCGUUCCUGUUGUUGUAAUACACUUCAAAACAGUCAAAACCCUCAAGGAUAUCAUAGCAAUGAUUCAUAGUUUCGAUCCUAAAUCGAAAUCUGAAGCCAAAGCAUUAAUUUCUGUUUCAUCACACGAUGAUGAUACAAAAACUGCUGAGAUGCAAGGAAAUAGGCAUGGAUCAAUUAUAUUAAUUUCAAUAAUUUUCUUCAUUUCAUUAAGUUUCCUGUUUAUUUCACUUAUAAUGUGCCAUUUAGUUGUUCAAGCUAACAAUAGCAUUAUCAAACUGAAUGGAUGGAACCAAUAUGCAAGUUUAAGGCUUAGUUUAUCCGCCGAAAGUUUAAUGCUGCUAAUUUUCUCAGUUGCGAUGCAUGAUAUUCCUGAAUCACGCGUUUUAGGAUCAAUUGGAGUCUUAGUUAAUAUGUCACUAAAGAUCACAAACCAAUUAGUUAUAGCAGAUUUGAAUCUCACUCAUGGAACAGAUGAAUUCCCACCUUGCGCAGGUUUUGACAAAAUUUUAGACGAUUACAAUAUUAUUGACAAACCAACGAAACCUGUUAUUGGUGACCCUCAUGAUUUCUAUGCCCAAACAUCAAUUCAUCAACAAAUUGACGUUUACAACAGUUUUGUUCAAUCAUUAGCACAAGAUGUAUUGAAAUUGGAUGAACCUGUUAGUGAAUUCCAUAUGGCAAACUCGAUCCAUGUUGUCAACGCUCAUUUAUGGAUGAGGAUGAUGAAUGUUACAAAAAGAUUGAUCAAAUUAGCUGAUGUUGAAUACCAUUCAAUGUGUCAAUCAAUAGUUAUUCUGGCUGUUAUUACAGCAGUUUUAAUGAUCGCUUUCGAGUUAGUUGUCUACUUCUAUUACAAGAAUAGAGUUGGAGCUUAUAGGCCAAGCCUGUUUGUUCUUAAAAGAUUUCAUCCAAUGACAUUAAUCAACAACAAAAACUUUGCCAAAUUUUUCUUGAAAUCGAAAGAUGUCUCAGAGAAUGAACGAUUAACUGUUGAAGGAUCGAUUAUUCAUAAUGCUAAUGACGCCAUUUUCUGCACAAGUCAGUAUGGAGUUGUUGAAGUUGUUAACAAGUCUGUUUCACAACUUCUUGGGUACACUUCUGAACAGAUUUUGGGUCAACACGUUACAACGUUCUUUGCAACACAAGAUGAAGAAAAAUUCCAAUCGAAAUUGGAGAUGAUGAAGAGUGGACAAAUAUCAAAUUUCUGCGAAGAAGAUUUCUUGGCAGUCACUGAUUCAGCAAAUGAAGUUCCAUGCCAUGUUUCAAUUUUCGGAAUGAAGUCAAACAAUGGAGAUAUCAAUUCAUUUGUUGUUAUUUUGAGAGACCAAACAAGUUUAGUUGAACAAAUGAAGCAAGCAGAAGAAGCAAAAGCCAAAUCAGAAAAACUAUUGUACCAGAUCUUGCCAAGGGAUAUCGUUGUACAGUUGAACAGAGGAGAGAAAGAUAUCACAUUCACUGUCAACUCAGCAACAAUCAUCUUCAUUGACAUUGUUCGCUUCUCAGAGUACACCGUCAACCUUAGUCCACAAGACAUCAUGCAGAACUUAUCAUUGUACUUUGCAGGUAUUGACAAGAUCGCUAGCAAGUACAACAUGGUCACUAAGAUCAAACUCAUUGGUGACAUCUACAUGGCUGCCGCUGGUUUGUUCAAUCCAGAAACAUCUCCAGAAUCACAUGCCGAGCAAGCAGUCAUGCUUGGUCUUGAUUCCAUCGCAGAACUUGAUGAAAUCAACAUGCGUCUUGAUUCAUCUCUUACAAUCCGCGUUGGUGUGAACAGUGGUGGUCCAAUCAUUGCAGGUGUUUUAGGUACCGAUAAACCAGCAUUCGACAUCAUUGGUGAUCCAAUCAAUGUUGCAGCUCGUCUUCAAAGUACAGAUGAAGCAAACCAUGUUCAUAUCAGCCAAGCAACUUAUGACUUAAUUAAUGGACUCAGUUUUGACAUUGUUGCAAGAGGAGAAACUUUCUUGAAAGGAAAAGGCAAGCAAAUGACUUACUUCGUUAACCCUAUACAAGUCGGCUUAACAAGUACAGGUAGUUUUAGAAGACUUUCUGUUGGAUGA